AUGGCACAGCAGAGGUCCCGGCCGGGGCAAGCGGCGUUCAACUUUCCCUCGCCCAACAUGCAACGAGCACAUCCAGAUGCAUUCCAAGAUGCCGUGAUGCAUGCCAAGAAUGCGAUGAGAGCUUACGAACCUGCUGUUCUGCGUCAAGCCGUCCGUGAACUAUGGGAGCUGACCCUGGUCGGCUCCGAGUACCACAGCUCCUUUAUUUGUAGCACAAUGCUUCACAGGGCUCCUCUGGCCACACUGAGCCGCUCCAUUGAGCAGCACGGAGCUCGCGCUGUGAAGGCCGCGACGAGCGAGAUUGCCAAGCACCUAACGAUGGAGGGCCUGGAUCUGGUGGCGCCUAUUCUGCUACCCAAGUUGAGUCUCCUGUUUCUGGACAAGGCCCUCGGACUUCGCCUCGAGUCCAUCGGGGCGCAGCAGCUCGUCAACGCGCUCGCUAGGGCGGAGCGUUUAGGCUACGACGUUCGCGACAUGGUGACGGGGACGGGAGCGGGGACGGGGAACCAUACUGGCCCUCCGCGGCAAGAAAAGGUGAUUCCCACGGCGAAUCCGAUCCCCGCACCGCCGGUCUCCAUGCUGCCAGGGGGGUCACAGGCAGGGCCGGGGUCAGGACCAGCCUCAUCUGGGGCAGUCCUUCUUCCGUCUGACCAAGAGAUCAUGAAACUUGGCAUUGCCUUUUGCGAAAAUUGCAACCGGCCCUGUGCAGGCUUCAAGGCGCUGCUGGCGCACCGGCGCAGCGGGCUUUGCGGAAGGCCACCAGCUCCGCUUGAUAGAUUGGGAAAGGAUUACUGCUUGUUUUGCGGACAGCACUUUACCGGAAACGGUGGGCUGGCGUACCACAUGAAGAACAAUGUCUGCGGCACCUACACAUCUGAGCAUACCGACGCGUUGACAAGACUUUUUACCGACGCGGACCAAGUAUGGAAGACGAACCAGUCGCAGGCGAAUACACCAACCAGGGAAGCCCCCAUCAUCUCGAGCCGAUCCACCCCGCAACAGUCCCAGAGAUUCGGGACUCCCAAGACUGACCCGUACAGUCAGCUUGAUGCCAACAGCCGCCUCGCGUUCGACGCUGCCAUGGCCAGGAUCGAGUAUCAGUAUCAGGACGGGCAGAAGAAGGCGGCGAAUAUGCCGCCGAUGCUGCAAAAGACUGAACUGGCUCGGCUGAAGAACCUGUACAACAACAAGCAGAGCACGACGCGCAAAAAGUUUGGCAUUAGACUGCGUGAGCGUCGGUCCAAGUCUGAAAUCGACGAGGAGCGCAACCGCAUGCUCAGCGGCCGUCCGGAAACGCCGGCAUCGACAGGAUACCGACGCGGCUCGGAGGUGGAGUCGUCGGCAUCGACAGGAUACCGACGCGGCUCGGAGGUGGAGUCGCCGGCGUCGACGAGAAAGAGAGCUCACUCGCAGGUGGACGGAGCCUCCGUGUCCGCUGGCGACCGUGACAGCGUGGGCGGACAAAGAACGCCAAAAUGGGGUCCUGCCACUGAGGUGGGCAGUGAUGUGCCUGCAUCGCCUGCGAAUGGCGCGACAACUGGUCCGACUUCAAAGAGGGCGUCUCCGGUGCUUUCUCAAGCGAACGCGCCGUUGACGACUAGUGUCGCGCCUCAACCAAGCGCACCUUCAGCCAAUGGUGCCACGUCGCGACCGAUGCCCAUGUCAAUCGCCGGGUCGUACACGGCACCGAUCCGCACGGCGGGCAAGGAAACGGAGGCGAUUGAGAUUGACGACUACGACGAUGACGAGGAUGAGGAGGACGACUUCGAUGACGAUGGCGGUGAGGAGGAAGGAACUGCUAGUGGCGAUCAGUCCGACACAGAGAUGGGCGGAUGA